AUGGUCCCCAACGCUGAAAAUGCCGUAUGUUCUUUUGCGCCUACUCUUUCAACACCAUGUCUAAUCUCUAUACCACAGCCGAUUCGCGCGUCGGGGCUGCGACCUCCCAGUCGCAUCCCAGCAACCACUGGACUGCUGGAGAUGUCGGCCUCUGACAACAAUGCUCGCGCAAUUCCCCCUCCGGCCAACCUGCUCAAGCACAAAGGCUCAGCCUUGCCUGAGCCCGCUCCUAAGAGAAAGACGUUAGCCGAACGCGCCGGUGAGCCUCCUGCUCGUUCUACCCAUACCACAUCCCGAGUUAUGAAGCGCUCCAACACAACCAACAAUCUGCGCAAAACCUCCGGCAACCACACAACCUCGUCCAUUCGUCCUGCCUCCGCCGCCGCUACUCACCGAACCAAUUCUGCUCUUCCUCGAACUGGCUCCCGCAGCGCUCUAGCUGCUCGCCCUACCUCAGUCACACAUGAAGAUGAUGAGGAAGAUCUUUCCUCCUCAAGCAUUCUUCCAAACAAGCGCAAGGGUAUGCUACCUCCCAUUGUUGAAUCUUCAGCCCUCGUUCUCCACCAGCCGGCGACACAUGACAAAUCCGCAUCUUAUGCCUCUAUCGUGUCGCGUGUCCCGUCUGCUGAAGCCUCCCCAAAUCCUUUCUCGUCCACAUCCUUCCCCCAAAAGUUUGCUUUUUCAGCAUAUCGCAACACAUCCCUUUCCACAGCCUUUCGCAGCUUGAGUUUGAAUUCCAACAACUCGGACUCUCGAUCUGCCUCUUUCUCUUCAACACAGCAAGAUGAGCCUCUAUGUCCCAAGACUCCUUCGCAGAUACCCAAGCUCAAGCCUGUCCCCAAGACUCCGUGUCCGCCGGAAGCAGACUUGCAUAUCUCUAAGACNCCCCACACCAAGUGUUCCGUUCACAAUGCUUCUCCGGGCAAGAUCGUAUAUUUGAAUCGCAAUUCUAACACUCCUGCUCCAGCAUGGGACACCAAAGGUCGCCUCGAAGACAUGGAGACCCUCUACUCCCAACUCAAGUCGCAACUCGAUUCCGCCGCUACAGAAAAGUCUGGCAUGGAAGAAGGCAUAUCCAUAUACAAAGCUCGCAUAUCCGAAAUGGAGCAGAUUCGUCUGCAACUCUCGACCGCCAACCAAACAUUAACCACCGAACUCGCCGAGACCAAAGUAAAACUAUCCUCGGCAAAUACACAACUUGAUGACAUGAAGCGGUCUCACUCUUUUGAGAUUGAUGACUUGCGAAGGAAGAACCGAAAUGAUAUCGAGGAUGCCAAAGAUGAUCAUCGCAAGGAGCUCGAACGUCUUCAGCGUGAAGCAAGAGAUGAGCUUGAUCGAGUCAGGAAGGACGCCCAGGAAGAAGCCGACCGAGCAAACAAAACACGAAGGGAGGAGGUGGCCGAGAAAGAACGCGAACUCAGAGCAGAGCUCGAGGAAGAAAGAAGCCGCAGGAUCCGCGAAGUCCAGGAGCUCACAACACAAUUCAGCAUGCAAAAGCUGACGGCAGAAAACGAUGUCACNGCAAAAGAUCGCGAGAUGCAAAACUUGCGAUCCGAGCUCAACGAAGUCAAGGCCAAUCUGGAAUCAUCAAAUGCACUAAAUGUCAACUUGAAGGAAAAGUUGACUGAAGCCUCGACAAACACUCUCACCCUCGAAACCUCGAUGCGCGCUAUGAAGGCGAAGAUUGAUUUCCUCGAGUCCGAUAACCAAGCACAAUCGCAAGCCUUCCAGGAUCUCAACCAACAAAUGUUGGAUGCUCAAGCUGUGGCUGCUGAGGCAAAAGAGAAGCUUCGCCAGGAAGAAACUUUGCGAAGGAAGCUGCACAACCAAGUUCAAGAACUCAAGGGCAACAUUCGAGUUUUCUGCCGUGUUCGUCCAACGCUAGGGGACGAGGAGACCAAAAGAGCAGAGCUCACUUUCCCCGACGCCGACACAGACAGCAAAGAGGUGAUUGUGCAAGGCCCGGAUCAAAAGAGCGCCAUGGGUACUGUUACCAAGGCCAACAACAACUUCGCAUUUGACCGAGUGUUCGGACCAUCCUCGCAGAAUGGUGAGAUCUUCGAUGAGAUCAGUCAGCUCGUUCAAAGUGCGUUAGAUGGAUACAAUGUCUGCAUCUUCUGUUACGGUCAAACUGGAUCAGGAAAAACCUACACCAUGUCUUCAGCUGAUGGCAUGAUUCCAAGCGCUGUAACCCAAAUUUACGAGACAGCCAAGAGUUUGGAAGAUAAGGGUUGGACAUACUCCAUGGAGGGCAGCUUUGUUGAAGUAUACAACGAAACCGUGAACGACCUUCUUGGAAAGGCAGAGGACUGGAACAACAAGAAGCACGAAAUCCGUCAAGAUCCGGUCAAACUCAGAACCACAAUCACAGACGUGACAACGGUCGACUUGGACUCACCUUCGCGUGUAAAUGCUAUCUUGGACCAGGCCAAUCGCAACAGACGUGUUGCCGCUACCCAAGCCAAUUCGCGCUCGUCACGAAGUCACUCAGUCUUCAUUCUCAGGCUUAUCGGAGAGAACUCGACGACAGGAGAACGUUCUGAGGGCACCCUCAACCUUGUUGACUUGGCGGGCAGUGAGCGUCUUGCCCACAGUCAGGUCUCAGGCGACCGCUUGAAGGAGACACAGAACAUCAACAAGAGUCUGAGUUGUUUGGGCGAUGUCAUCAGUGCUCUAGGAUCAGGCAAGGAUGCGAAGCACAUCCCAUAUCGCAACAGCAAAUUUGAAAUUUGCAACCAAGACUCUUANNGGUGCAUAACACUCACAUUGGGACUGCGAAGAGACAAGCGAAGGUCAAGGAUUAGAAAUCAUGAGUAUUGA